CUCAGCAUGAGGCUGGUUGGGGAGGCAUCCAAGAGGCAACGGGGAGUGAGGAGAGAGAGGGCGCCAGCUUGGAUAAGUAACUGAAUACACUUUGGCUGAGAGGAAAUAUGGGAUGUAUAAAAUCAAAAAGGAAAGACAAUCUGAAUGACGAUGGAAUAGAUUUGAAGACUCAACCAGUACGUAAUACUGACCGAACUAUUUAUGUGAGAGAUCCAACGUCCAAUAAACAGCAAAGGCCAGUUCCAGAAUCUCAGCUUUUACCAGGACAGAGGUUUCAGACUAAAGAUCCGGAGGAGCAAGGAGACAUCGUGAUAGCCUUGUACCCCUAUGAUGGCAUCCACCCAGACGACUUGUCUUUCAAGAAAGGAGAAAAGAUGAAGGUCCUGGAGGAGCAUGGAGAAUGGUGGAAAGCUAAAUCCCUUUCAACGAAGAGAGAAGGGUUCAUCCCCAGCAACUACGUCGCCAAAGUCAACACCCUGGAAACAGAAGAGUGGUUUUUCAAGGACAUAACCAGGAAGGAUGCAGAAAGGCAGCUGCUGGCACCAGGGAACGGUCCUGGAGCUUUUCUUAUCAGAGAAAGUGAAACCUUAAAAGGAAGCUACUCUCUUUCUGUCAGAGAUUAUGACCCUGUGCAUGGUGAUGUUAUUAAGCACUACAAAAUUAGAAGUCUGGACAAUGGAGGGUAUUACAUUUCUCCACGAAUCACUUUCCCUUGUAUCAGUGACAUGAUUAAACAUUACCAAAAGCAGUCGGAUGGCUUAUGCAGAAGAUUGGAAAAGGCAUGCAUUAGCCCCAAACCACAAAAGCCAUGGGACAAAGAUGCCUGGGAGAUCCCACGGGAUUCCAUCAAGUUGGUGAAAAGACUUGGUGCCGGGCAAUUCGGGGAAGUCUGGAUGGGUUACUAUAACAAUAGUACCAAAGUGGCUGUGAAAACCCUGAAACCGGGCACUAUGUCUGUGCAAGCAUUCCUGGAGGAAGCCAACCUCAUGAAAACCCUUCAGCACGACAAGCUGGUGAGGCUCUAUGCCGUGGUUACCAGAGAAGAGCCUAUCUACAUCAUCACUGAGUACAUGGCCAAGGGCAGUUUGCUGGAUUUCCUGAAGAGUGACGAAGGGGGCAAGGUGCUGCUUCCCAAGCUAAUUGACUUUUCUGCCCAGAUUGCAGAGGGAAUGGCAUACAUCGAGAGGAAGAACUACAUUCACCGAGACCUACGAGCGGCUAACGUUCUGGUCUCUGAGUCACUCAUGUGCAAAAUUGCAGAUUUUGGCCUUGCUCGAGUAAUCGAAGACAAUGAGUACACAGCAAGGGAAGGUGCCAAAUUCCCCAUUAAGUGGACAGCUCCAGAAGCCAUCAACUUUGGAUGUUUCACGAUUAAGUCUGAUGUGUGGUCCUUCGGAAUUCUCCUGUAUGAAAUCGUCACCUAUGGGAAAAUUCCCUACCCAGGGAGAACUAAUGCCGAUGUGAUGACCGCCCUGUCCCAGGGCUACAGGAUGCCCCGCAUGGAGAACUGCCCAGACGAGCUCUAUGACAUCAUGAAAAUGUGCUGGAAGGAAAAGGCAGAAGAGAGGCCAACAUUCGAUUACUUGCAGAGCGUCCUGGAUGAUUUCUACACUGCCACGGAAGGGCAGUAUCAGCAGCAGCCUUAAAGCACAGGAAGACUCAUGGCCAUUCACUGGGACGGCUGCCUCCUACAAAAAGAAGACAGAAUAAUCCCUGGUUGCGCUAGGAUCUCACGCAAGUGGACCACCCACCAUCCCUGCUUCCUGAAAGUGAGGCUAGGUUACUCAGGAAGGACACUCUCGAUAUGGAAGAAAAGUAUUCUCGUUCUCAUUGGCUGAUGCCCACUGACUGCCACUUGGACCCGUCCCAGCUGGCAAUCUUGCUUUUCUCAACCACAUCUGCAGACAGCCUUCUGAGAAGAAAACACUUGUUCUGUCCAAAAUGCACCCACCCUGGCCUCUUGUUUACAGCUCAAUGUGUGACUCUGAGGUUCAGAGGCCAUUGCAGUGAAUCUCAAAUAGUAACAGACUUAAACUCAUUUAUAAAAGUCAAAUAACCAGAUGCAAAUCAUGACCCUUCUUUGCAUUUUCUCUAUGCUUUGGCUUAUCUGUUAAAAAAAUUACUAAUCCAAUCUGUUAAUUUUGCAGGUGAAGUCUGAACCUUAAAAUGGUCUCUCCCAGAUUUCGGUGAGGUCCCCUCCCCCUGAAAUCUGAGACUGUUAAACAUUUUCCUUCCGUGGAGACUGCUCAGGAACCCCACACAUGAAGCAGAACAGCCACAGGGCUCUUUCUGGUCUGUCCUUGUAGAAAUGUCCCUUGUGAGCAUGCAGAGCUGCUGUGUGUCCCAGCGUGGACCCCGCCGACAGCCAGGGCUGGCCCAGAUCUCUCAGGACAGGGACCAGGGCCUCGGGAACGGCUGUACCCUAAGAAGGAAUAUCUUUAACAGUCCACCUUUUCAAUUCCACAAUUUCUUAUAUAGACACUUUCUUGACAGUUUACUUUGGGAGAGUAAUAAGAUUCUAAUCUCUGCAGGGCCUCUUGGGUCCUUAAAAAUGUAAGAAUUUUCUUUAUUGCUUCCAAUGAUUUGAACGUUAUUUUAAUGAUGAAAUGUUAAUUUUAGUUGUACUUGAGAAAAGUAAAAAUGCGAUCUUUGGGUCUAUUUUUGUGAUUCAGCAAUCUUUUCUAAAUUGUGUAAGGCAUGUGUGAGAUUAUUUAUACAAAGAUAUGAAAGCAGAAUAAGUGACUAAUGAGGCUGGAAAGAGCCCCCGUAACACAGGAUACGAGAGGUUCUGUUUACUAAAGUUUUCUACUGUAAGUUUUGAAUAGAAAAUGCUAUGUCACCUCAUGUUUCACUUAUGCUCUUGUGUAUAUGCCUAAUAUUUCUAUUUUUUGAUUUUAUUUUAAUACACCUGGCCCAAUAACA